UUGUCUACUGACUAUAAAGACUUCCUGCUUCCGUGUUAUAAACGGAGGCGUCGGCAGAAUCCUGGGUGAAAUGGGUCAAGUUCAAAGCGACGUCGCAGCGGCAGUAGAUGAAGGAGAGCAGUUUUCCCCAGCAACAUUAGCCGAUGCUCAGGCUACUCCUCCUCCCCCAUCCAUGGAGUCCCUUAUUGCAGAAGCUGCGUCAUAUGGCAACAAUGAGAGUGAGUCUCUUGAUGCGAAGGCUCAGAAAGCAUUAGAAUGCCCUUGCAUUGCUGACUUGCGAAAUGGUCAAUGUGGGGUCCAGUUUUCGGAGGCAUUCUUUUGUUACCUCAAGAGUACCGCUGAGGAAAAGGGUUCGGACUGUGUGCAUCCAUUUGUGACUUUGCAGAACUGUAUUAAAGCUAACCCCAAUGCCUUUUCUAAAGGCAUCUUAGAAGAGGGUAAAGUUAAGGAAGAGGAAGAGCCAACUCAGGAGUACAUCAGGCUCCCUCUAUGGUCCAGAGAAUCCAAAAGUUCAAAAUCCAAGCUCUAAGAAUUCCUUUUUUUUUUUCUUUUUUUUUUUGCCCUUGCCCUUCCAUAUGUAAUUUUUGGCUUAGAGAUUAGAAAAGACUGAUUCUUCUUCGUGAAUGGGAGAACAUUAUAUUGUCAAGAAUAAAAUGAAGAUGUUUUGAAAUGA